AUGAGGAGCAUUGGAUCUGCCCUGAACCUGCUUUUGGUAUCGCCACUCUACUUUGUGUGGACCGUGGUCGCUCUGGACUUGGCACAAACUCCCUGUACCACUUUGGUCCAGGGGAAAUUCUUUGGGUAUUUCUCCUCCUUUGCCGUCUUCCCGUUGAACUCCUCUCUCUGCUCUUGGAUUAUCCAGAACCCUGACCCUCGGAGGUACACUUUGUACAUGAAGAUCCUAAAACCUACUGGCGUAUGUGACCACCAGCACAUCCGCACCUACCAGUUUGACUCCUUCCUGGAGUCCACCCGCACCUACCUGGGCAUGGAGAGCUUCGAUGAUGUGUUGAAGCUCUGUGAUGGGUCCACCCGCUAUGCCUUCCUCCAGUCCAACAAACAGUUCCUUCAGAUGAAGCAGACGGCGCCACCGGGAGUGGAGAGCUGGCCUGUGCGGUGGAAACCCAUAAAGGCUCAGGAGAGGGACUUCUCGGUGGAGUACCUGGUGGUGGGCAACAGGAACCCUAGCAAAGCUGCUUGCCAGAUGCUCUGCAAGUGGCUGGACGCGUGCUUGGCCAUCAGCAGCAGCUCUCACCCAUGUGGCAUUAUGCAGACCCCGUGCUCUUGCUCAGGAGGGGAGGUCCUAGAUCAGGCCAGCGAGAUCCUGGGGUUCACGAGGAAGAAGGAAGAUUGUUACAAGGAUGGGAUUUACUUGGAGAACUGUGUGAGCAGCCCCAAGGACAGCAGCGGAGCAGAGUUUCUGG